AUGGGAACUUUAUUACUCGCCGUGGCUUCUGUCUUGACUGCUAACCUUUCUCUCCUGUCCCGCAGCUGGGAUGAGAGCAGCUCCAUCAGCAGCGGGCUCAGUGAUGCCUCAGACAACCUCAGCUCGGAAGAGUUCAACGCCAGCUCCUCACUCAACUCCCUGCCCACCACGCCGACGGCAUCUCGCAGGAACUCGACUAUAGUGCUGCGCACGGACUCCGAGAAGCGCUCGCUGGCAGAGAGUGGGCUGAGCUGGUUCAGUGAGUCGGAGGAGAAGGCCCCCAAGAAGCUGGAGUACGACAGCGGCAGCCUGAAGAUGGAGCCCGGGGCGUCCAAGUGGCGGCGGGAGCGGCCCGAGAGCUGCGACGACCCAUCCAAGGUUGGGGAACUGAAGAAGCCCGUCACCCUGGGGCACCCCGGGUCCCUGAAGAAGGGCAAGACCCCGCCGGUGGCCGUCACCUCCCCCAUCACUCACACGGCCCAGAGCGCCCUCAAGGUCGCAGGCAAACCCGAGGGCAAGGCUGCCGACAAGGGCAAGCUGGCGGUGAAGAGCGCCGGCCUGCAGCGCUCCUCCUCGGACGCCGGCCGCGACCGCCUGGGUGACGCCAAGAAGCCUCCCUCGGGCAUCGCGCGCCCAUCCACAUCGGGAUCCUUCGGCUACAAGAAGCCCCCUCCCGCCACAGGCACGGCCACCGUCGUGCAGACCGGGGGCUCGGCCACGCUCGGCAAGGUCCAGAAGUCCUCGGGCAUCCCCGUCAAGCCGGCAAAUGGACGCAAGACCAGCCUGGACGUGCCCAACAGCGCAGAGCCCGGCUUCCUGGCUCCGGGCGCCCGUUCCAACAUCCAGUACCGCAGCCUGCCCCGACCGGCCAAGUCCAGCUCCAUGAGCGUGACCGGCGGGCGGGCCGGCCCCUGGCCCGUGAGCAGCAGUAUCGACCCCAGUCUCCUCAGCACCAGGCAGGGCAGCCUGACGCCCUCCAGGCUGAAGGAGCCCUCCAAGGGGGCCGGCGGGCGGGCCACCCCAGCCCCCGUCAACCAGACGGACCGGGAGAAGGAGAAGGCCAAGGCCAAGGCCGUGGCCCUGGACCCAGACAGCGUGUCCCUGAAGAGCAUGGGCUCCCCAGAGAGCACGCCCAAGGGCCAAGCGAGCCACUCCCCGGCCCCCAAGUUGGCAGAGCUGCCGCCAACCCCCCUCAGGGCCACGGCUAAGAGCUUUGUCAAGCCGCCCUCCCUAGCCAAUCUGGACAAGGUCAACUCCAACAGCCUGGAUCUCCCUGCGUCCGCUGACGCCCAUGCGCCGAAGGUCCCAGAUCUGCACGCUCCGGGCCCGGCCGCCGGGGGCCCCCUCCCUUCUUGCUUCAGCCCCAGCCCAGCCCCCAUCCUCAACAUCAACUCCGCCAGCUUCUCCCAGGGCCUGGAGCUCAUGAGCAGUUUCGGCGUCCCCAAAGAGACCCGCAUGUACCCCAAGCUCUCAAGCCUGCACAGGAGCAUGGAGUCCCUCCAGAUGCCCAUGAGCCUGCCCGGCGCCUUCCCCAGCAGCGCCCCCGUCCCCGCAGCCCCCGCGCCCCCCGCCGCCCCCGCAGAGGAGAACACUGAAGAGCUGCCCUGGAGCGAAAGCCCCAGGACCGGGCAGCUGGACAGUAAUCAGCGGGAUCGGAAUACUCUUCCCAAGAAGGGGCUCAGGUACCAGCUCCAGUCCCAGGAGGAGGCCAAGGAGCGGCGACACUCGCACACCAUCGGGGGGCUGCCCGAGUCCGACGACCAACCAGAGCUGCCGUCGCCCCCUGCGCUGUCCAUGUCCCUGAGCGCCAAGGGCCAGCUCACCAACAUAGUGAGUCCCACUGCGGCCACCACGCCAAGAAUCACCCGCUCCAACAGCAUCCCCACCCACGAGGCGGCCUUCGAGCUGUACAGCGGCUCCCAAAUGGGGAGCACCCUGUCCCUGGCCGAGAGACCCAAGGGGAUGAUCCGGUCAGGAUCCUUCCGAGACCCCACGGACGACGUUCACGGCUCAGUGCUGUCCUUGGCCUCCAGUGCCUCUUCCACCUACUCCUCAGCUGAGGAGAGGAUGCAGUCUGAGCAAAUCCGGAAGCUUCGCAGGGCACUGGAGUCAUCCCAGGAGAAAGUAGCCACCUUGACGUCGCAGCUCUCCGCCAACGCCAACCUGGUGGCGGCUUUUGAGCAGAGCCUGGUGAGCAUGACAUGCCGCCUGCGGCACCUGGCAGAGACAGCCGAGGAGAAGGACACUGAGCUACUGGACUUACGGGAAACCAUAGACUUUCUGAAGAAGAAGAACUCUGAGGCCCAGGCCGUCAUUCAGGGGGCCCUCAAUGCCUCAGAAGCCACACUCAAAG